GUGCAAAAGUUGCAUACACUAUGGAUCAUGCUGAUGCUUUAUCAUCUAGCCAUAUGAACGAUGGUUCAUUGCAGGUUAGUGGCCAGAGCGUCAAAUCGGUUAAAUCCGGUGGCGGUUCUUCCGCUGUGAGUGAGAAGGUACCUGAAAGUGUGCUUCAACAAUUGAUAUUGGACCUUGCUGUGCCCGAGAAGCGUGAAUAUGCCUUGGCUGAGUUGUCCAAGCAGCGUGAGCAUCACCCUGACUUGCCUGUACUGCUAUGGUAUUCCUUUGGUACCAUGGCAACUUUAUUGUAUGAGAUUGUAUCGGUAUAUCACUAUUUACAUCCGAUGAGUCUUUCGAUGUCUGACUCUACCAAGGCUUCCAAUUCACUGACGCUUCUUCAAUGUAUCGCAUCUCAUCCUCAAACACGUCGUGUAUUUCUUGCAGCUCAUAUCCCUUUAUUUUUAUAUCCAUUUUUAAAUUCAUCAUGCAAGAGUCGUCGUCUUGAGUAUUUGAAGUUGACUUGUCUAGGUGUGAUUGGUGCUUUGGUAAAGAGCGACGACGAGGAAGUCAUUUGUUUUCUAUUGAACACUGAGAUUAUAGCGUUGUGUCUUCGGAUUAUGGAAACUGGUUCGGAUAUUUCAAAGACUGUGGCCAUAUUCAUUGUGCAGAAGAUAAUGUUGGAUGAUCGUGGUUUGGCAUAUGUUUGUGCUACUCCUGAGCGUUUUUACGCUGUUGCUGCUGUAUUGAACAGUAUGGUAAUGGGUUUCCUUGAGAAUCCAUCUCGUCGUAUAUUAAAGCACGUUGUUCGUUGUUAUUUACGUUUAUCGGAAAACCCUCGUGCUCGUGAGAUGCUGCGUAAGUGUUUACCCAAGCCAUUGCGUAAGAUCGACCCUGUAUUUUACCCAUGUUUACGUGAGGAGCCCAUGUUGAAGAAGUGGCUUCUUCAGUUGAUUUGUGACACUGAGCCACUGCCCGAGAUGUCAUCACCUUCUUAGUGA